GUUGUUUAUCCCGAUUAUUUUUAAGAAUUUUAUGGAAAUAUCCAUUUUUCGUUUUUAUAUGACCAUUGAGACUAAAACUAAUAUAUAUUCACAAAAAUAAAGUAUAUAGCAUGUUUCCUUCAAAUUUUAUAAGCGAACUAAAAAAACUGGUAUUCUGUGGUACUGUGAUAUUCUGUGGUACAUACACCUGUAGGUUUAUAAAUUAAAUCUUGUUUGUACCUAACUUUUCCUUUUAGGUGGAAAGAAAUAUUUGUCGUCUCUACCGUCUUAUCGGACCCGGUUCAACAGUAAGUAUACUUGUCAUAGCUUUGAAGUUAGGAAUCAAUAUUAUAUAUUUACAAGACAUUUUCCCUCAACUAACUAAAUGUACGUUUCGUAAAGCAUUAUUUAUUGAGAGUUAUGCGUUUAAGUUUUAUCACCUGUUAGAUCCCUCUCUUUUCUUGUCCUUUCUUCCACUUCUGUUUUUCUGCAUGCAUAAGAUAUUUGGGCAAUAUUGCUUCUGAUCUUCCCGCAUUUAAGUUUGAAGGACUUGUUCUUGUCAAAGAUCUUAAAUUUUGUUCCUUCUUCGUUCAUCAUGACUCUUUGCAAUUGAAGGUGGGAAUUGUUGCUUUCACGAACGUUUGAAUUUAAGAAUUUAAGAAGGUGGCACGAUAUAUUUAUCCACACAAAAUUCCUUAUUAAAGAAUAGCCAAAAGAAAACCUUAUUCUAUAUGAACCUGGGUUACCAUUCGUGUCCGCUGGAAAAAUAACGACUUACUUAUAUGACUUGACGCAUCACGACUUGUUCAUCUCGUCUCGCGCCAUUGCAUGUCAAUUGAUGACAUCAUCAGAAAUACCAAUUUAAAAAAGAAAAAGAGCGCUAUACCUCAUUAUUGUGUCUCUGAUGGCAUACGUUGAAAUUUUGCACGCUGUAUGGUUCCGCAAUGAUUUUGGAUGCACCAAAUAAUAAAUCUAUAAUGUCAAAAACUUUUUGUCGGAGAAAACGGCACUUUUCAUUUCAGAAUCUUCUUUUUGCAUUGACUGAUUUUGGUUCACUCAUCUCGAACGAGCAAUCGGCCAUAUUUUUGUUUCGAAAAAUAAUAUUUAAAUUAAUCACCAUUUUUCAAGUUCAGUGCAUACGCAGAUAUUUCCUCCGUUGUUUUGAUUAUGCGCCUGCUCUGCAUGGAAAAAUAUAAUGCGCGGGCGCCAAGAGGUGGAAUGUGGGAAAAAAUGUAUAAUUAAAUCUAGGACUUCGUUUGUAAAAUUGGUAAUUAAAUUACUUUUUUCUAUGUAGGCACUCCAAAUCAUUAUGGGAAACAUUUCAUUACUGGGUUUACAGCUCAGAAUAGUAAUUAUCGAGAUGACUACAUUGGAUUGUCAAUUCUUGCCCCCUACGACACAAACGUUACGAUCUUUGGUACUCUGUCAAGCAAGCCUUGGAACUACACUGUUCAUAUUAAAGAAGGAGAAAGUUUUGAGUAUAAACUGCCGAUUUCACUGCGAAUGAAGAAAUCAAAAUACCGACAGAAUGGUAUUGAAAUUUCAUCAACUAGAGACAUUUCAGUAUUGUGUUUAAAUAACCAAGGUUAUCGACAAACAGGGGAUGGAUACUUGGCUUUACCAACUAACAUGCUAGGUUUAGUUUAUGUUGCUGCAUCAUAUCAACCGUAUAGUUCGAGCUAUAGAGCGAAUAUCGCCGUAAUAUCAGCACAUAACAACAACACGGUUAUUGUUCUUCCCAACAAGAACGCGGUUAUAUACUAUCGCGGUCUCUGGUAUGAUGACAGUACAUCGCUAUUAUACAUAACCCUAGUCCUUGAUAAACUUGAAGUACUGUACAUUUCGGGUUCAUCAGAUUUAUCUGGAACAAUUGUUAUCGCAAGUAAACCAGUGACGGUUAUUUCAGGCGUAGACUAUGCACGUAUUCUGGGAUCGUAUGAUUUCUUAGAAGCGUUCCUUUUACCUGUUUCGUCGUGGGGAUAUGAAUACAUAUUGACAACGGUAGGAGCGAUGGAUAAAAAUCAGGGGGAUAUUUUUCGCAUCUUUGCAUAUGAAAAUAAUACUGUUGUUGAAAGUGGGUACUGGACCAAAAUGUUGUCAUCCGGAGCAUACACCGAGUUGAUAUUGCAAAAAAAUCUUGCAUCUUUUGUUAAAUGUAACAACCCAUGUCAAGUGGUGCAUUACGUCCGACGACACUAUAUUGGCGGGAAAUAUGCUAACCCUUCAAUGAUAGUUCUGCCAUCAACAAGUCAAUUUCUUUCUUACUACCACGUGGUACUUCCUCGUGGUUCAGAAUAUCAUGAUUCCAUUACUAUAGUGAUACAAAAUGAAGACAUAGAAGGUCUAUAUAUGAAUGGAUUAAAACUUAAUGGCUUACGAUGGGAAAGGAUCAAUGGAACAAAUUAUGUAUGGACGGUCGUAAGUUUAUCCGAUCCAAAUACUGUCACAGUCUAUCAUACUUCUUCGACUGUAAAGUUUGGUCUCCUUGUAUUUGGCUGGAAUAAUGGUGUUUCCUAUGCUUACUCUGGUGGAUUUGGUUUACAUAACUAUUCAAAUGGUAAGGUACUUUACUUGUGGUAAAUAAAUUUUGAAACUUGGUAUAAUUAUUUUCUCUUCACACUGUAAAGAUAUUAGCAACUCCAGUACUUGCAUAUUCUGGUUGAUUUUUGCACUUUUAAAAAAGCUUAUAGAGUAGAUUAUUCUCCCGUUCCUUAGCCAGUUGCCUAACCACGAAUAGUUGUGAAAAUACCACUAUUGGCGUUCUGGCGGAAGUCGUACCUGCAUAUCUGCGAUUCCGUUGCAAGGCUCUAAAGCCCGUUUUCCACUCGCGUAUUUUGCCGCCGCUGGCGAAAAUUUCGCCACAGAAAAAGUUCAUUUGUUGUUCUUUCGCGCCGUCAACGAAAGGUCAAACAGAAGUUGAAAAUUUUAAGCAACUGUAGCAGGAGAACAAAUGUCUUCAGCGGCGAAUGAAUGUAAAAAAUUAUUUCUUUGUCAAAAUUUUUCGCCAGCGGCGGCGAAAUACGUGAGUGGAAAACCGGCUUAAGAGAGUCUUGUUGCCUAGCAUUAAUACAUAAACUUCUGGUUAAUGCUCGAUAACUGGGCUCUGAGCUCAUUUUGUUAGAGUACUGCGCUGAAAACGAAAUUGCCUGGUCGGAUAUUCGACUCCUGCCAGAGGGCUGAGAUAGUUGCAUAUAUUUUGUCUACAGCUGUAAAGUGUUAGUUUCCACUCGAAGUACUCGAGGUUUCCAUAUUCAAAAAACCCUUCAACAGUUCGCUCGCAUCGAGUGAGAUUCCCCAAAUUCCGAUAUUUGCCACUGCAUGUAAUUAUAGCCUCGUUUUUUUCGGUCUGUUAAAAAUAUUUCGGACAUUUUAGCAUUGGUCAUGUCUUCAUUUGAAAUAAUUCAUGGUUGUAUUUCAAAUGGGGUUGGGAAGCAAUCGUAUUAUGGAAUUUGCGAUUCCAUCACUAAGUCGAUAGUAUAUCCAUAUUAUUUCCACACUAUAUCCAUAAUAUGAAAAUUGCAAUUUAGGUGUUGAAAUUGGAUUUCCCCACUAUUUUUAGCGAGGAUGCAUACUAUUACGUACUUUGUCCAUAGUAAGGAUUUUGACAAAAAAUUUUCACUAGUAAUCUAGAAAUAGUUGCAUGGUAGCUAUAUUUGCGUUAGGAAACGCGCGAACACGUCAAGUAAAUGAGUUGUCGUGGUAACACGAUAAUUAUUCUCAUUUUUUUACAAAAUUAUGGCACAAAUAAUUAAUAGAUUCGUGCUUUUUAUUCAAGCUUGGACUCUCCGAGAAACGUUUUGAAACGUUCAUUAAACAUUUACAGCUUUUGCCUGUAAAUUAUUUGAAGUAUUGUUAGUUUAAAUCAGUUCAAGCGCUACAAUACCAUCUACCAAAAAAAGUGACUCCCCUUUUGCUAAUAUAAAAUAGGUGGAUAAUUUAUAGCCUGUGUGCAGUCCCAGACUUCCAAAGGAAGUGGGGAUUUUGCAACCUCGAACCGCAAGCUUGCUACGCCCGCUCAGCUCGUGUUUCAGAUUUUUGGAAAAUAAUUUAUGCACGAAAAUUAAUACGCUAAAUAUGCUGCCGCUCAAAAAACAAAUCAUGCAAAUAUGGCGGCAGGCGAAGGAGCAUUUGAUUUAUGUGCUGUGUUUUCUGUCGCCAUUUCUACAUUUCUACAGCGCGCGCGCGCUUCGAAAUGUUGAAAAAAUUAUCCAGAUUAAGAAGAAGCCUUGUGUAUUGUGUGGGUACACAUGCAGCGGUAUUUACCCACACACCUAUAUUCUUAAACAUACAAAUGGAAUAUAAAUAGAAUCAGUGGUGUAUACUGCAAUAUUCCAUUCGUAAUUAUUGUUAAUCAUGCAAAUAUUUAACAGUGAACUCCAGACCUGUACAGACUGAUACUUUGUUGCACACUGGUCAUGUGCACCAAAUACUAGGAAAUAUUAAAUAUAUAUAGCCAGAAGCAAGGUUCUGCAGAGUACAUGUGACAUUGGGAUCUGAAUGUUAAUCAUGUAUACAUUCCGUACUGUAUUCGAUUUCACUGUACCGUAGACAAAUAGAUACCUAAUUCAAAUUACAAAACAAUCCAAACCAAAGGAGUUAUUUAUAUGCCUUACUUGACCCUUCAUAAGUGAAAUAAAUAGCGAUAUCACAAGUACUGUUCUUGUGCAAAUUGCUUGGUCAUGUAGAACAUCGGCAAUAAUUGGCAUGGUGUGGGAAAUGGGCGACUUCUCAUAACCAGUGUAAGCACUAAAAACAAAUUUCUGCCUUUAAGGAAAUUAGAUAAGGCUUCUUCUUGAUCUGGAUAAAAAUUUUCAACAUUGAGAAGCGCACACGCUGUAGGAAUGGCGACAGAAAACUCAGCAUAUAAAUCAAACGCUCCUUCACUUGCCGCCAUAUUUCUAUGAUUUGUUAUUCGAGGCUUAGAGCGGUUGGCCCGCAGCAAAUUUUAGCAUAUUAAUUAAUAUUCAUCCAUAAAUAGUUUUCCCCAAAAUUUGGAAAACAGGCUGAGCGAGCACAGCAAGAUUUCGUUCGAAAUUGCGCCGCGCCUACUUCCUUUGGCAGUCUGGGACUGCACGCAGGCUAGAUAAUUUAGGAAAUUUUAGUUCAUCUCACCGAAAUUGUGAAGGCAAAACAAUAUUAAAAAAACAAAUGCCGAACAAUUUGUACAAGAAACUUGCCGUACAUUUUACUAAUUUUCAUUAAUAAAUCUUUUCUCAUCGUUCCUUGCAUGCUCAUUCCAUUGUGAUGCCCGCCCACGCGCGACGAACCAUAACAUCGCGCCCGCGAUCAUUGAUUAACUUUUCAACCCGCGUAAUUAGUAAAUUAUAUAUAACGUUUUUAAAUGCAAUAAAAAUUUUUAUUCGUUUUUUAAACUUGUUUGUAUUGACAGCAGGUGUAAGUAAGCUUAGAGGAAUAACAUUCCAGAAAAGCAUAAUACAAUCUCAAACAAGGAUGAUAUUAGAAUAGAGUACAUGAAAAAUAUUAAUUGGAUAUAACUUGAAUAAAUAAGUCGCGUUACAGGAUUUCUUUUAAUUUAAAGUUUAAUUAUAAAAUGCUGCUUCCAAGAUCGAAACACAGUACAUAUAAGUGUUGUAUUGCAAUUUAUCACAUACUUGUACCUUUAUCGGGUAGGAAGCAGCGGGACAUAAAAACUAUAUCGUCCCGGAUAUCGCUUUUUGUCGCGGAUAUCGUUUUUUGUCCCGCUAAAUUUCGCGCCUUGUCAAAACAAAGAUGGCCGACUCGAGGUUCGUGUCGGUUGAUAUUUUGUUUAUAAGUUAAAUUAUACUAUAUUUAAUUUUAAAUUGUUUAUUAUUUAUAUGAAUAGCCUAUUUAUUUUCUAAAAUCAUAUUUGUUUAAUAAAUGAUGAAAUAAGUUCUUUGUAUGUUUGCAUGGCGAUAAAACUUAUAAUAGUUUUGUUUGUGGAAACACCACGUAAAUUUAUUACUGCAAAACUUUCGAUCCGUAACCCGGAUCUUCAUCAGUGCUAAUAAUAUGUAUGUAAUAAUAUGCACAUAUUAUUAGCACUGAUGAAGAUCCGGGCUUACGGAUCGAAAGCUUUGCAGUAAUAAAUUUACGUGGUGUUUCCACAAACAAAACUAUUAUAAAUGAUGAAAUGUUUUUAAUUUUAAAUGAUCCUAUUUUUCAAAACUGCUACUUUUAGGUUAUCGUACUCGGGAUUCGGUGAUAUCAGUUUUAUCGCUCUCGGGACUGUGUAUCAUCCAACAAAACUAAAAAACUGAUAUCACCUCAUCCCUUAUAUGAUAACCUAUACAUCUCGACAUAUCGUUUCAUGCAUUAUUUUUUGCUUCUCCAUUCUUGUGGUACUCAUAACUUGCCCUAAAAAGCUAUAUUUUUUCAAAAGCGUGCUGCUACAAGUCAAUUGUCUAAUGACAUGUUUUUUCCCCUAAAAUGUUCCCUUACUCUUUUAUUUGCCAUCGGGAAACUUUGUUCUAUUCAUUACUUCAGACUAUACUAAAAUCUGGCUAAAAAUGAAAAAGAUAUCGAAAUAAAACCUUUUUCAUUAAUAUUUUCUAUUUAGAUGGAAGUUCCUUUCUGUCAUCAGUGCCAUCGUAUCAGUCCAGGUUCAUGAGUAAGUAUAACCCACUUAUAUUUUCCUCAAACAUGACACCCUGUUCACACUAGCCUUGCAGCAGCGUCUUAUAUUUAACGUCAUAGUAUUGGAAUAAUAAUUGUCGUCCAAAAUUGUGUAGUUCGUCAUUUGAGCAUCCGUUACAGUAUUCUUAGAAAGGGCCUUUAAAUAGUGUACAUAAUAAACGAAUGAAGAUUAAAUUUCACAUAAUGGUACUUUGUUUUGUUUCAACAAGUGACCCGUAUAAGUUCCGUGCAAGGCAUGCUUUUCCAUUAGAUUUCCCAAUGAUAACAUAAAUUUGUACUAGCUGAGAUUGGAAUAGAUCGCCAGUAAUGACUGAAAUGUGCAUAAACCAAUGCCUAACUUUACUAUAUACGUUGUAUGUCAGAGAACAGUAGACAAUUUUCAAAUGGACUGUCAACUUUUAUGAAACAUUAUGUACAUAAUUAUAGAUUAAUUCGAAUCUUCUGAUUUGUUGAAUACUAAACUUUUUAAUAAGAGUUGUUGUGGCUAUCAUUCUAAAACUCGCUUAAUAAUGAAAGUUUAAAACGCGAUUUGAAUCACAGUGGGAUAGGUUAAAAUUGUUUUUUUUGAACUACCAAAGUCGAGACCAAUUUGAUAUUGAUUCUGAUCAGGAUGAAAGAUUCUGAUCACGAUGAAAGUUUAGAGAAAUUACUCUCACAGUUCGCACAGCUCUACAUCCAUUUAAUAUAAGUACAAAAGUUGACCUUGCAGAAAGUGAUCUUGCAGAAAUGAACGACAACAACAACCCCAUAUGCAAGGCCCGCAACCCCCCCCCCCCCCCCCCCUUGUAAGGGACAUGUUGCAACAUCAAACAUGACAUUUGAUGGUACUAGUGAUAAACGGUUUGGUACCGAAACAACAAAAUGCCGUAUACAGGCCAUGCAAAUUUCAAUAACGUUCGGGAAACGAGAGAGGAGGUCCAGUCGCUGAAUGUCGCCCAUGCGAUUGGCAUGCAGUUUUUCUCUUCUUAAGCUUUUGAUGUACUAUUUAAAACACGAGGAGGAGUGCUUUAUCAGAUAUAAAAUACAAGGGCGCAGCUCGAGUGUUUUAUAUCUGAUAAAGCACGGACUGCGAGGCUAUAUUUUCGAUAUAUUACAGUCUAACAUAAAAUGCGACUCAAUUACCCUUGCAGCCCGAUUUUGAUAUUUUUGCUUUCUGUUUUUCAUUCCAAUACCGCAAUUGUCCCAUAACGGUCUGCAAUAAUCAAAGUAAGACUGCACGAUGGCAUUAUACAAGAGAACUGAAAAUACACGUCAUGGCCAGAAAUCACGGACAUGAUUUAUUCUACUUCCUUCGUAGCUUUUGCAUAUCACUUUGAAAUAUGGCUUCAACUUUAAAUAGUGAAUUAUAUAAUGCGAGGUUGCUAAUAGCAAAAUCUGAGAAUAAUGUAGGUCGUUUGCAACUUGCCUCAAUAGCUGGCUCCGCUGCUAAACAAAGUCUGCCGAAGUAUUUAGGGUGAUGUUGGCCUGAUUUCCGUUACUGCCUAUUCUGCAUUUUCAAUAUUUGUACAGAGGUUAGUUUUUACGACAUUUGUCUAUUUAACUCAAUACUAGAAAAUACACGCAUGCAGAAACCCUCGCCUUGCUGACAAAACCAUUAUGUUUUCCAAACAUGAAGUAUUGUCAUGGUAACACGAUAAUUUUAAAAAUAGUUUUAAAAUUGAAAAAUCCGCCCAAAAUAUCACUUUUAAUUACAAAAUGGUCAAUUUCCCAAACAUAUAUAUAUAUAUGCUAGGUAUGUUAUUAUACGUAAUAUAAGCUUCAAGUUAAUGUAAAAAUCAACCACAAACGCUUCGCAAAACGUUUCAAAAUGUUCCUAAAACUAAACUGCCUUUUAUCGAAUAUCGGUAAACAUUGAGUUUCAAAAUUGAAAUAAAAUGAUUUCAAAUUCUUGCAUGAAAAUAACUAUGCUUUCCUCUUUAUUUAAAUAUUUUAAUAUACAAAAAAAGAGUAAUUAAAACUACACUCAAAUUAUAUGCUGUCUUUUUUCACUUUAUAUAUACGCAACCAUCGUAUCAGUUUUUAAAGCAAUUAUAAAGCAAACAAUACAUUAUAUUAAAAACAAACUUACCUUCAUUAACGUCGGCGACUUUGCUCAGUUCUUUUAGACGGUUUUUGACUUUCAAAAAGGUUUUAAAAUUCCAUAAUCUUGCAAAAAUACAAUAUAUUUGCUGUCAGUAAAUUGCUGAUUUGCAAGAAAUGUUCGUUAUUUCGCUGUCGUCAUUUGUCAUCAAAUCAAUCGCAGCAACAAAUUUUAAAUUUGACCAAUCGGUGUUCGCUAUUCAUGACAGUCCGCCACAGAUUUUGAGAUCAGUGAGGAUGACCACCCAGUCAACAUCGUUGGUCACCCACGCCCGCGAUCAUUGAUGAACUUUAGACUUCGCUAAUGUUUUCGUUUCCCCGGGUGUAAAUAGCCGGGCGAAAUUAGUACCCUCGCCCCGGGCUUUCGCCGGAACGGCGCUCCGCGCUGUUGGCUCGGGGAUAAGAAUACCGUACUACUGCCGGUAUAGGAACAAACGAAAAUGCAGAAUAGGCAGUAAGUUCAACCAGGCAAACAUUACACCGUAUAUAUAUUUUUACAAGCUUUGUUUUGCAAGCGGCAAUUAAGGCAAACUGCAAACGACCUACCGUAUUCUCUGAUUUUAAAAUUUACUGCAUCGCAUAAUAUAAUUGAUUGUAUAAUUUACUGCAUAGAAUUAUCAUGUCCGUGAUUUCUGGCAUUACAUUACAUAAGUAGCAAUUUUGACAGUUAAUGAAACACUCUUUACAUUUCACUCCCAUGAAUUCAUGCAAAUCGCGUUCUAAUGUGGUUGGCAAAAGCGGCCAUUUUGCACUCAAAGUUAUUAUUGUAAACAAUAUUUUAGUGUACAAGAAUUGAGAAGAUCUUUAAUUAUCUACCCAAUUGCAAAUAAAUUUUCACAAAAGUUGCAGAACUUUCUGUGUAGUUACCACACUACUAGACAGUUUACGAUUCACGACGCGGCGAAAGAAGACGCGUUAGAAAGGCUUGGUAACUAGCGCGGCCCAAGCGGCCGCGUCAUCUUAUUCUGUUCCCUACGUUACGAAAUACAACGUGCUAGCGUAAACCGUUUAUUUUGGCGGGAAAAUUUUGGUGUUUCAAAAACUUUGUAAUGUUUGUUUAAACACCACAGAAAAUGUAUUCAAAGGUAUUACUUCAUCAAGAAUAAACAGUUAAUAACUCGAUACUCACUUGAAAUUCGCAGCGUAGUGAUCACAACGUGAAAUUGAUAAAAUUCCGUCGUAGAAUCAUCAACUACGCGUUGGAAUUACACAAAACGCGUUGGCCGCGCUAGUUAUCAAGCCUUUCUAACGCAUCUUCUCUAGCCGCGGCAUGAAUCGUAAUCUCUCUAAUAACUUGUUGACGAAGGGCCACUCUAUAUUUUUCAUCUAGUUGUAUCUCGUAGAAACUGCUGCCAUUUAAAAAUUAUCUGCUCUUAAUUUGAUACACACUGCAGUAAAUAAUAUUUACAUGGAACCAAGCACGCACUAAUUGCAAUAAAGUGUAUUUGGGUGUGAAUUAAAUAUGAAAAAAUUUUUGUUGGUAUACAAAAUUUGAUUAUUGCUAUGCAAUACUUCAGUUAUUCAUAAUAUAGCUAGUUUAAUUAAGGUUGUCUUUUCAAAGUCGAAUUUUUAAGUCAAACCUCGAUCUCUAAGUCAGUUUUGAUAUACAUGUAGAUGGUGCAGACAAUAAUUCAAAACACUUACCGGAACAGUUUCUAUUCUUCUAAAGAAACACUCAGUUACAUUCCUUGUAUACUUUGUUAUUUUGAAUGCUCACUAAUUACUUAGCUGCAGUUUCGUCAUCUUAUAUAGGAUGUAAUAUAUAAAUAGGUCACUGUGUUGUUUACUUAGUUACCCAUUGAAGGCUAUAGAUGUGACAAAAAAGGGUCGUCGAAUAAAAAUAUUUUGCCAGAGAACGUUUGAAUUUAACAUGUUAAACUCCGUUAGGAAUUUAAUUGACUUGGUGAGCAUAAAUAAUAGACAUAUGUAUUAAUUAGAAUAACAUAACAACUAUAAUUCCGUCAUUUUGCCUGGGAGCCUCACUCUCAUGAAUCGUGAGCCAAUCACCUUUGGUAAUUUAUUAAUGAGAGCGAGUCUCCAGGACCAAAAAGUAUGUGUGACGUAAUCAUCGAAAGGGUGCAUGUAUUAUAAACACGCCUUUGCGCUCUUUUCGCCUAUAAAAGUUGAAGUUUUGCGGUUUUGAAUUCUGGUUUUCAGAAGACAACGUCAAUUAAAUUAGCUAUACAAAUAAUUAUAAUGUUGAAAAUUAAAAGUAUAUUUUCCAUGUUGUAUUUUUUCCAGGCACUACGAAUAAUUAUGGCAAACAUUUCCUUUUUGGAUUUACAGCUCCAUAUUACAAUAAUAGAUAUGACUAUAUUGGAGUAUCAAUACUUGCUCCCUACGACACAAACGUAACGAUCAUCGGCACUCUGUCAAGGAGACCUUGGAACUACACUGUUCAUAUUAAAGAAGGGGAAAGUUUUGAGUAUAAGCUACCGAUUUCACUGCGAAUGGACAAAUCAUUAUACGGCCAGAGCGGUAUUGAAAUUUCAUCGACGAGAGAUAUUUCAGUGUUGUGUUUAAAUAACCAAGGCUAUCAACAGGCGGCAGAUGGAUACUUGGCAUUGCCAACCAACACGCUAGGUUUAGUUUACGUUGUUGCAUCGUAUCAACCAUAUUCCUGGCAGUCGGGUGCGAAUUUUGCCGUCGUUUCAGCACAUGAAGACAACACGAUUAUUGUUUUGCCCAACAAAAAUGUUGUCAUUCACUCUCGUGGCCUCUCUUACGCUAAGGGGGCAUCUCUGUACGUAACGUUGGAAAAGCACGAAGUGCUAUACAUUUCAAGUACAUCAGACGUAUCUGGAACAUUGGUUGCCUCAAGAAAACCUGUAACUGUAAUAUCUGGUGUAGAUCGUGCUCGUCCUACAGGUUCUAUAAGAGGAGGGUACGAUUUCUUUGAAUCUGUGCUUUCACCUGUUUCUCUUUGGGCAAAAUAUUUCAUCCUGACAACAGUGGGAGCGAUGGAUAAAAAUCAGGGCGAUGUUUUUCGAAUCUUUGCGUAUGAAAAUAAUACUGUUGUUGAAUGUGCGUACUGGACGAAAGUUUUGUCAUCCGGGAUAUACGCAGAAUUGGUAUUGGGACAAAAUCUGGCAUCAAUUGUUAACUGCAGUAAACCAUGUCAAGUUGUGCAAUACAUCAGAGGCGAGUCAAUUGGUGGGAAAUCUGCUGCCCCUUCAAUGAUAAUUCUUCCAUCAGUAAACCAGUUCCUUUCUUACUAUCGCGUAAUACUUCCCUAUGAUUCAGAGUAUUAUGAUACCAUUAAUAUAGUGAUAGAAAAUGAUCAUAUCGAAGGCUUGUUUAUGAAUGGAAUAAAACUGAAUGGUUUACGAUGGAAAAGGGUCAAUGGAACAAACUACGUAUGGACCGUAAUAAGUUUGUCCGAUCCGACUACUGUAACAAUUUAUCAUGCUUCUUCGGCAAUAAAGUUUGGUCUCCUUGUGUAUGGUUGGAAUAAUGGUGCUUCGUACGCGUACUCUGGUGGCUUUAGUUUGAAGAACUUUUCUCACGGUGAGUCGGCUGGAGAUUCGAACAUGCCUUUUACUUAAGGUUGAAAAAGCGGUUUAAUGUGGCUCCCUACAGUUAUAAAAUUUUAAGUAUUUCAGGUAACCUUCGCUUUCAACCAAAUUUAUAUUGAAUACACUUAAGGUGUAGGGUAAUGUGGUCAUUUCCCAGAAAGUUCAGAAGUCUUCUGCUGUCGAUAUACAAACAAAUAAGAACAAACAGGUUUUCCUUCGGUCAAUUUUUCUUAUAAAUUUUUUUGAAGAUUUAUGGUUAAUUUAAUAGAAGAAUUAUAACAUUAAUUUAAUUUAUUGUACGAUCAUCCAGAUUACAAUUUUUUAAUUGUUUCUGACGUUUCGACUACCUAUACGGCAGCCAUUAUCAAAGACGUAUUAUAGUUACAAAAAAUUUACAGUUAUAAUAAUUUUAUCUUGCGUCAAAUUGACGUGCGCGUGUUCGUGAGGUUGUUUGCUCGCGCGUGCGUUUAAAGUACGAGAGCCUGCGUUCAUGCGUAAUUAGUCAAGCGUAUGCGCUCACGAACACGCGCACGUCAUUUUCACGCAAGAUAAAAUUAUUAUAACUGUAAAUUUUUUGUAACUGUAAAUCUGUAAUACAGUUUGAUAAUGGCUGCCGUAUAGGUAGCCGAAACGUCAGGAACGAUUUAAUUUUUUUUUAAUCUGGAUGAUCGUACAAUAAAUUAAAUUAAUGGAGAACCCGGAUUCAAGCCCUUCAGAAGAAUAACAUAUAUUAAAGGUAAUCUACAGUCCGAUCUGCGCAUGUGCACAAAUGAGCCCACUUUUUAUGAUACAAACAGUUUAACUAUGUUUUGAGUUCUUGAAAAGCCUGAUUGUUGUUUCUUGAUCAUUUAUUAUACUCUAGAAACUUGAAAAUAUAAAUAGUUGUCGAAUAAAGCUCAAUAUUUUGGACACAAAAAUGUAAACAAAGGCUUUGUUUACAUACGGACUGUAGAUCACCUUUAAUAUAAGUCUGCCUUUUUUGAAAAUGAUGGCAUAUUCUAUUCUAAUUUCGCAGAAAAUGUUUUAAAGGGGAACUCCUAUAAAAAACAUUUGAAAUGAUAAUUUCUCAACCAUUCCUCGUUAUUAGGAGAAGAACAAAUAAGUCACAUGGCAUCAUUCAAGUCAACAUUUCGAGGUAUGUUUAAAGAGUACUUUUACGUGAAGAAUUCGCAUUAUGCUUUUACCUAGAGUUAUAUUUGAAGUAUUGGUUUUGUCACGGUUUUGUAUAUUUUCUAUAACCAUUGUUCUUCUACGAUUAAACGUCUAUUUCAAAAUUUUAACGAAACAUGCGGUUAGUUUGCAGUUUUACUAAAAUGUUGAAAUAGUCGCGUCAUCUCGAAGACAUGUAUCUGGUAUGGAAGCCUUUUAAUUACGGAUACUUCGCUAUCGUGGACAUUUAUUUGUAUCCAUAAAAAAUUAUUAUAAUAAAUUUUAUUUAAAUAGACCUUAUAGACGUCAGUUCUUAAUAUAAACCCUCGUUUUGACAUAUAAUAAAUCUCCUCUGCAUCUAAAUAGUUUAAUUUACCAACGCUUUCUUCAGUUAUCAACACAUGCUAAAACACCAUACGUUGCCAAAUUAGAGAAAUAUGCUAAUAUUAUAUCUUACACUUAAGAAAUAGAAAACAUUUUCCGUGUUUCUAUAGAGUUAUAGAAACACGCGUGGAAGAUUGGGAGAAACGAGAAAUUGCGUGGGAACACGAUUACGAAGAGCGAGUGUUUCCACGCAAUUUCGCGUUUCUCCCAAACUUCCACAAGUGUUUCCAUAAACUCUAUAGGAACACGGAAAAAAUGUUUUCUAUAUCUCUUAUUAAAUUGCUUUCUAAAAACAAUAAAAUUUUAAUUACAUUCGUUCAAAUAUCAAUUCUAUCUUAAACUCCCGCUCAAAUAUCAAUUCUAUCUUAAACUCACGCGGGUUGCUCACGCAACCCGCGUGAAAAUCCCCGUGUUUCUAUCAAGUUAUAGAAACACGGGUUUUUUUAGCUUUUGACCAAUCAGCGCCCGUGAAUUUAAAAGGCUAUUUUAUAAUAAAUAAUUUAGCACAUAUACUCGGGAUUUGGAUAAUGCUUUUAGCGCAAUUUCAUUGGUUGCUCAACUCCGGAUAUUUAAUCUUUAAUCUUUCUAGAGUUUCACAUUAAAUAGCAUACACCAACUUACAAUGUGAAUUACAUUUAAAAUUUAUAAGAAUCUAACUAAGGUUAACGUUAAAGGUAUUUUUACAAGUAAUCUUUAAUUAAAAAGAAUUUGAAGGAAUCGACAAAUUUAAUUCGACUCCAGCCUUCGGUUAAAACUUUCAAUCCCAUACACAAUAGGGCUAUUUUUAAAUCGUUCUGUUCGAUAUCUAAAAUUAUUCAGUCUUUCUCCAUUUGAUCUAGUUUGUCUCCUCUGUCUUAUCUGAUUAACUGCUUCUGGCAAUAAGCUAUGUAAUCUAUGCCUAGGGUCUAUGAUUGUUUUUGUUGCAUGCCAUAUAUGGCAUGCAACUUUCAUAUAGCUCUAAAUUUCAUGUCGUCGUGUUCAGUGUUCGUACCGGUGGUCGUAAAUCACGUGGUAGAUUCGUAAAGUACGAGCGUACGACAAAUACGGAGUUUUUCCGACGAGCAUUCUAAGCCGGGUUUUCGUCGAGGAAACGCAAAGAAGUACUGAUUAUUCGCCGAAAAUUUACAAAAUUGAGCGCCUUAGAAAAAUAAAUCGAGGUAGGUAAACCUUUACUGUUUUUAACUACCAUAUAUUUUUUGUUAUUUGUUGUGAUUUUGCAGCCGUUGUGCUCGCACUGAUUAUCUAUCAAUUAUCAGGCGUUUAUAUUUAUAUCUCGUGAAAGCCUCAAAGCCCAACGCUAUCAAAAUACUCGAUUUUUAUUUUCUCAAACUGAAACGGAGCCAUUGUGCUCGCACUGAUAAUAUUGUGCGCAAAGCUUCAAAACUACAGCACAUUUUGUAAAUAACAUGAAAUAUAAAUGUCAAACAAAAUUGAAUUAUAAAUAGUAUACUAUUGAAAAUUAAUACAACGAAAUAGCAACCAUUGUGAAGUACGCAUAGGAUUCAACAUGACAUUCGAUGUACAUUACUGUAGAUUAAUUCAUUUCAAUCACUCAAACGUCAAAAUGGUAAAUAAUAAUCAUUUUCAAUCUAUUAUAGUAAUUCGUCGUUUCCAUGGGUUUUUAUACCUUUAAAAAGUUACAAUAAAGCUAAAUCUAAAGGAAAUAACGUUAUUUAGUUAUAAAUUUGUAGUUAUAAAUUUGUUAGUUAUAAAUUCGAAGUAGCCGCCGGCUGCCGACGUUAGCCGGCAAUUUUAGGACUUUGCCGGCAAUUUUUAAUUCCAAAGCAUAGGGGCUCGGCGAGAAUAUUUAUUCACCGAUGACUCGCUUACAAUAACAAAACUUGUUAAUGUUUGUUCCUACACCAAAUAAAAUGUAUUGCUGUGUUCUUGCGAAUGUUGUGUUGGUUUACAUAACUAUAUUAUUUGGCCUAUGCCCACUCCAGAACACAACUAAACUUCGCUUGGAAAAUAGCCGGCAAAAAUUUUCACCUACAAAAAAACAGCCUACAAAAUUUGACAUAUUUUCAGAACGUUAUUUCGAACCCUGAACAGUCAAUCGCUUUCGAUAAAACCUUGACCCCCUUGACCUUGUGAAUGUUAUUAUUUAAUACCGUCGCUUGCAACUAACUAUAUUAACGGUCGCUUAUUAAAACGUUGCCUAUUCGCGUGUCUCUGCAGGGGUCUACACCGUAGGCUAAUUUGUGUGAGAAUCUUAAGUUUUCUUAUUUUGACAUAAUAGCUAUUUUUCAAUCAAUAUAUUGAUAUUAAACUUAUUGAAUCAAUAUUUUAAGUUUCACGCCAGUUGUACCAAAGGUUAUAAGCGCUAUAGGCUAUAGCGCAUCCUAAGUUCCAGAUGGCAUCCAACAUGUACGCACUGCGUACCUAUUUUUAUAAGGUUUCCACACAUCUCUUCCCUACGAUUUUUUAAUGUUUUAAGGUUACAUUCCAGUGUAAACGCUUCUUCAUAUGUCAGACCAGGACAAAUUAUCCGAAGCGCAAGCUUCUGAACUUGUUCGAUAUCAAUAGAUUGUUCCUUGGUUCAGUUUAUAUCCUUGCGAUAUUCAACUGCAGACUAAAACAAAAUGGAUUUCCGUUUUGUUGCGGUUAUAAUAUUAUACCGACGACCAAAUUUUCUUAGGCUACUAAACGAAACUGUAGUUCGCAAACACAGUAAAGGCCAUGCACGUGCAAAGUUUUGUUUAGCCGUGUGUAGAGAUAUUCUUUAAAAUUAUUUUGGGGGAAUAAAAUUACUAAAAAUUUGCAAAAACUGUUUUGCUUACAACUAUGGCGGGAACUGUGAUGCACACUGUUUAUUCUCGUUGCUUUUUGGUAAUUUCUGUUCUGUUUUGAUAUAUGCUAACACAAUUAUUCACAUCAAUAUCCUUGCACUAUCCACUUCCACUUUGGUGAACAAUUGUUACUUGUAUAAAUGUACUAACCGAUCAAGCUAAUUUGUCAAAAGUAAAAAAAUUUAAUUUAAUGUCUUUGUUUAGAUAAACUGACUAACUAUGGAAAGAAGUUUGUUUUUGGAUUUACCGCGCAAUAUUCCUUCAGUGGUGGUGGUCACAUCGGAAUAUCAUUAGUGGCUCACUUUGAUACCAACGUAUCAAUUACAACACACACAUCGACCAAUCCGUUGAACUUUUCUUUCUAUAUGAAAGAAGGAGAUUCCUUGCAGUACACUCUGCCGCUCUCUCUGCGAAUGCAAGGGAAACAGAAUAAAGGUAUUGAGGUUUCUUCGACAAUGGACAUUUCGGUAAUAUGUUUGGAUUACUACAGUUCUUAUGGUGAUGGAUACUUAGCGCAGCCCACUCAUGCACUAGGUAUUACCUAUAUUGUUGCAUCAUAUCAACCAUACAAUUCGUACUCACGAGCUGACAUUGGUAUAGUAUCAGCACAUGACAAAAACAACGUUUUAAUUCAACCAACUGGGCAAUCGACCAUUAAAUACGAAGGAAUCUGGUAUAAUCAUGGUAAUCCACUCCAGGUUCCAUUGGAUAAACUUCAAUCUAUACAGCUAACUAGUUCAUCGGACUUAUCUGGGACAAUCAUAUACGCCUCCAAACCAAUUUCGCUUGUCUCCAGCGUAGAUCGUGCAAUAUCUGACGGCUCUGGACGAAUUGACCGACUAGAAUCAUUUCUUUUACCUGUUACCCAGUGGGGAAAACAAUACAUCUUGACCACUGUGGGAGCAACAAGUAAAAAGCAAGGGGACGUAUUUCGGAUCUUUGCGCAUGAAAAUAAUACGAUUAUUGAGAGUGCGUAUUGGACCAAAGUUUUAUUAUCCGGGACAUACGUGGAACUGAUUUUAAAAGAAGGUCUCGCUUCGUUUGUUAAUUGUAAUAAACCAUGUCAAGUGAUACAGUACAUAAAAGGCGAGGUCAUCGGCGGGAAAAAUGCGGACACUUCUAUGAUAGUUCUGCCCUCGAUAAAACAAUUUUUGCCAUACUAUCGUAUUGUUCCUAGUUAUACGUCGAAUUUUUAUAGUUCAGUGACAAUCACGAUUGAGGACAGUUACACCAACGGUUUGUACAUAAAUGGAUUGAAAAUAGACAAUCUAAAUUGGAUCAAAAUUACGGGAACAAGGUACGUUUGGACAGUCGUUAGUACACCUGGAACGAAAAUUGGUACCUUCUAUCAUUCUUCACCUGAAGUGACCUUUGGAUUGUUGGUGUUUGGCUGGAACAACGACGUUUCUUAUGCUUACCCUGGCGGGUUUGCUUUCGAGCAUUAUAAUACCGGUAAGUAUUCACAAAGACACUGCUAAACAAACAAUUUACCAUUGCUACACAAAAGCCUUAAAUUGGCGUUUUAGGCCGUUUGCUGAGGCACCAAAAAGUG